AUGGCUUUCUCAUCUCUUCUCAGAUCUACAACCCCAUCUCCAGUUCUUCAAUCCUCCCACCACCAAUCGCUUCCCACCCCUACAAGAUCGCAGGUAUCAUCUUUAAAAUUUCAAUCCGCCGUUUUUGGAGCUGCCGUUUCUGUGAACUCUUCGUCGUCUUCACAGAAACCGCAUGCAUGCCGUAUCCAAUCAAUCAAAGCCACUGCCACUCAGGCACCUCCUGCUGUUUCAAAGACCAGUACCGGAGGGAAGACCAGGGUUGGAAUCAAUGGUUUUGGACGAAUUGGAAGAUUAGUUUUGAGAAUAGCAACAUUUAGAGAUGAUAUUGAGGUUGUUGCUGUCAACGACCCUUUUAUUGAUUCCAAGUACAUGGCUUACAUGUUGAAGUAUGAUUCUACUCAUGGCUUAUUCAAAGGAACCAUCAAGGUUAUUGAUGAGUCCACUUUAGAAAUCAAUGGGAAGCAAAUCAAAGUAACCAGCCAAAGAGAUCCAGCCACAAUUCCAUGGGGUGAUUUUGGAGCUGACUAUGUUGUAGAAUCUUCAGGGGUUUUCACAACACUUGAUAAGGCUUCAGCACAUAAGAAGGGUGGUGCUAAGAAGGUGGUGAUUUCAGCUCCAUCAGCUGAUGCACCUAUGUUUGUUGUAGGGGUAAAUGAGACAACAUACAAACCAAAUAUGGAUAUUGUAUCCAAUGCCAGCUGUACUACUAACUGCUUAGCCCCUUUAGCCAAGGUGGUUCAUGAGGAGUUUGGUAUCAUUGAAGGUUUGAUGACAACUGUACAUGCCACCACAGCUACACAAAAAACGGUUGAUGGACCUUCAAUGAAGGAUUGGCGUGGAGGACGUGGUGCUGCACAAAACAUCAUCCCCAGUUCCACUGGUGCUGCCAAGGCUGUUGGGAAGGUGCUUCCGGAGCUAAAUGGAAAGCUUACUGGAAUGGCGUUUAGGGUUCCAACAGCGAAUGUUUCUGUUGUGGAUUUAACUUGUCGACUUGAGAAGAAAGCUUCUUAUGAAGAUGUGAAAGCUGCUAUAAAGUAUGCCUCUGAGGGUCCCAUGCAAGGAAUUCUUGGGUACACUGAUGAAGACGUUGUGUCCAAUGAUUUCGUUGGUGAUUCCAGGUCAAGUAUUUUUGAUGCGAAAGCGGGGAUAGGGCUAAGCACGUCAUUUGUGAAGUUGGUGUCAUGGUAUGACAACGAGUGGGGUUACAGCAACCGGGUGUUGGACCUGAUAGAGCAUAUGGCGUUGGUGGCAGCAGUUUCCAAGUAGUUAAAUUAAGGAAGGAGUUUUCUUGAUUUUUUGUUUUAGACACCAUCUCUUAUAGAGCGUUCUUGUCUUGUUUUUGGGUAGUUUUCAGUUUAGUUAAUUUGAGAUGAAAUGUUUACAAAUAAAAGAUAUAUAAAAAUAAUAAAAAAUAAUAUAUGGUUGGCGUUUGCUUACCUGAUGUUAUUAUAUAUUUUGGCAUUGUGUGCUUUUAUUGUUUGUAAUUUGUUGGUCGCUUUCAUCCUUUGCCAAAACAAGAUUUGGCUAGGAGAUGUGGUCGCUUGGCUAGUUAUUGGG